AUGGCUGUUGACGGCUCCGCACCUGCAUCGCCCAUCUCGAUUCCCGAGUUGACCAAGAUCACCUCCGAUGCCUGCGAUGCUGCUCUAAGCUCUACCACCGAAUAUGACCACGCUGUGGUUGGCGACUGGAACUCACAGAUUAUCAACACUGUCCUGAAAGCCCUUAUCGCCGCCACCAGCCCCUCCGACUCCUCCAAGCCCGCUCCUUACCGCUUCACCGUAAACAGCACCAUCGUGCAACAGGGCGUUAUCGACAAGACUGCCGCUGCGGACGGAGCACAGAACAACGCCGGCAAGCGCGGGAUGCACUCUGCCUCUGGUGCUUUCUGGGAUGUCAACCGGGAUGGCAUGUGGACAUUCAAGUACCCUGGUGCUGAGGAGCGGGGACUGGAUGUUGUUGUCAGCGUGACCUGGUUUGCGGUCGUUUGA